AUGAGAGACGCGCGCGGUGGAUCGGACUCGCUCGUCCUGGACAACAUCGUCCAUCACGCGUCACCCGAGCUCAUAGACGUGAUGAUGGCCAAGUACGAUUCCACAAGACCCUACUACAUGCGGCACGUGGAGGAGCUGGCGCAGAUCGCGCAGUCUAUCCAGCACGGGAGUGGCGCGGUGGGACGUGAAGUCAUCGCAGAGCACGUUGACGCGCGACCAGAGAAGCGAACCUGCUUAACUUGUGGAGAGGUCGGGCACGUGCAGCGAAACUUCCGUGCUAAGGACACCGUGGUGGACGAGGAGCACGGUGAAAGCAGUUAA